GGCGGGGAAACAAGAUGGCGGCCAAGCGUUUAAAGAUAGAUCAGGAUAGUAAUGGUAAAGUUAAGCGUGACAAUGAGCGGAAUACUACCACAAAGCUUGCCGAUGCACUCAUCUAUAUCGUCCCUAAAAAGAUUCCUAAAGCAAGGCUGCAAGUCUUAAACAAUCUGGCGCAGAAGAAAGGGUUUCUCCUAUCGGAACGUUUCAGUGAUUCAGUGACACACAUAGUCACUGGGUAUGAAACUGUGGAUAGAGUUCAUGCUUUCCUAGAAAGGCAGCCCGCAAGCAAUGUAGAAGUAGUAAAUCUUGAUUGGUUAACUGACUGUAUAACAGAAAACAAGAUAGUAAAUGUUACUGACAAGGUCAGGAUCAAGUCAGUUGGGGAGUUAAGUUCACAGAAAUCCAGUGGUGUUGCAAGGGCAGAAAGCAAUAAGUUGGAAGAAACCUCACCCAAUGAAUAUCAGGACAACAAGUUUGUUUGCCAGAGGGCUACACCUUUGAAGCACCAUAAUACCAAAUUUACUGAUGCAUUAGAAAUACUGGAACGGCAUGCAGUGUAUGUGGACAGUACUCAAAGGGAUUCCAGAGCGCUUGCUUUCAGACGAGCUGCUUGUGCACUCAAGUCCUACCCAAAACAGAUCACUAGAAUUGAGGAGGCAUCCAAACUGAGCAGUGUUGGAAAUCAUAGCAAGAAAGUGAUACAGGAAAUUCUUGAAAAUGGCUCAUCAGAUGAAGUUCAAGAUAUCUUAAGCAGUGAAUUUUUCAAGACCAUGGAGGUAUUCUCAUCUAUUUAUGGAUGUGGACCUGCUACAGCUCGGAAGUGGUAUGAGAAAGGCUACCGCAGCAUAGCUGAUGUACUUCAUGCAGUGUCAGAUGGAAUGAAACUCACUGAACAACAGACAAUGGGUUUUAAGUAUCACAGUGAUCUAGUUAAACCUGUUCCAAAAGAGGAAGCUAUCAACAUCAAGGACAUAGUUAUUAAAGAGCUAUCCAAAAUUCAACCAAACUGUAUUGUGGAGUUGGUUGGAGGCUACCGUAGAGGCAAACUUUCUGGGCAUGAUGUAGACAUUCUGAUCACACACCAGAACAAUAACAAGGUGGAAGGACUUUUACAUAAAUUGGUUGAAAGGCUCGAAAAAUUGGGUCAUAUUCUUCAUAAGGACUUGAUGGUAGGCCGUAACCCACACUUUGAAAGUAAAACUUUGUAUUUGAAGAGUGUCAAGGGAAUUGGUGAAGGAAGUCAAAGGCAGGGAGGCCAUAUGGACACUCUUGAUCAUUGCUUCUGUAUGUUCCAAAUGGGGAAAAGUUUUGAAAAUGAGAAGGUAGAACAUUCAUGUAUGCAAACCACUGGUGAAGCUGACGAGACAGGCACAUCCACAGGUUCUUCUUCCUCUGAGCAGAUGGAAUCUGCAGUGAGGAGAGUAGAUUUGAUUGUGGCUCCACAUAAACAGUUUCCAUUUGCACUCUUAGGGUGGACUGGUUCUAAGCAAUUUAAUCGUUCACUGAGAGACUAUGCAUGGAAGGUAUUGAAAGUCAAAUUGUCUAACCAUGGAAUGUGGGAUCACAAACACAUUCCUGUUCGUCAAGUAGAGGCCACAUCAGAGCAGGAAAUAUUUCAUGAACUGAAGCUGGAAUACAGAGAUCCACAUGACAGAAAUGCUUAGCUAAUGUUGAGACAUUUCAAGCUUUGAAAACAACAGUUGUUAGUUCAUAGUUGUGAACCAUGUAGUGAUUACAUGCAAACAAUGCAGCUGGUCCUAACACCUUGAAAGUUACCCUGCCUUGCCACUAAAACAUUUCCAAUCAUCGCAAAUGUUGUCUUACCCUGCAAGUAGAGCAGGAAGAUUAAAGGCAACCCUCGUCAUCAUCAUCAUCAUUACUCAUUAAGCCAGUAGGUGUAGACCAUCUUAUGGUCCGCAUAACCCCCCGUCACA